AUGAUUGAGCUGCUUGCCUGGGCUGACGGGGGGGGGUGUUACUCCCUAGAAUCGACACUUGCGCCGAGUCUUAUUCUGCGAGCAAAAGCCCUCACAGCCGAACACAAUGAACUGCAAAAGACGCUCAACGACUCCUUUGAUGCUGUCAAGGCGAAACGAGCCGGUGAGCUGCGGCGCGUGGCCACCGCGCUCGAGGACUGGGAGACGGCAAACAGCGCCAUUGCCGAGCUGCGCAGCAUGACGCAAGAGCCCGCCGACCAGGACGACGCGGAUCUCGCCGCGAUUGCGCGCGACGAGCUCGAUGCCGAAGUCGCCAAGCUGCAAGGGCUAGAGCGGAACCUGUCGGCGAGCCUGACGCCGCGGCACCCGUUUGCCGACCUGCCCUGCAUGCUCGAGAUUCGGCCGGGCCCCGGCGGGCUCGAGGGCCGCUACUUUGCCGACACCGUCUUUAAGAUGUACAGGGGCCUCUGCGCGCGCAAGGGCUACCGAAAUAAGGUGGUCAAGUACGACUUGGCCGAGGGCGCGGGCGACCACUCGUCGGCCGAGGGCGAGCUGCCGCUGCAGGAGGCCAUUCUCGAAAUUGAAGACGCCGGCGCGUACGACACGUUUCGCGCCGAGGCGGGCAUGCACCGCGUGCAGCGCAUCCCCAGCACCGAGAGCAAAGGCCGCGUGCACACGAGCGCCGUCGCCGUCUGGGUGCUGCCGUCCUUUGCCGAAGCGGCGGCCGACGACGCUGUGGACUUUGAAAACCCCGAGAGCGAUUUUUACAUUGACCCGCAAGAGGUCAAGAUUGAGACGAUGCGCGCGCGCGGCGCCGGCGGUCAGCACGUCAACAAGACCGAGUCGGCGAUUCGCAUGACGCAUCUGCCGACGGGCACGACGGUGUCGAUGCAGGACCACCGCUCGCAGCACAGGAACCGCGACGAGGCGUGGAAGCUGAUGCGCUCGCGCAUCGCCGCGCAGCGGGCGGAAAAGCGCGAGGAGGAGGCGGCGAGGCUGCGCAACAGCGUGCUGUCGACGACGCAGAUUACGCGCGGCGACAAGAUUCGCACCUACAACUACAACCAGGACCGCUGCACCGAUCACCGCGCGGGGCUCGACGUGCAUAACCUGCCCAGUGUGCUCGAGGGCAGCGAUGUGCUGGACAAGAUCAUGGAUGCUGCCAGGGAGUCGCUGGUCGGCAAGGAGAUUGAGAUGCUUGUGGCCGAGGAGGAGGCCAAGGCCAAGGCUGCUGCGAGUGGUGGUAAGAAGUAA